AUGAGAGUGAAUGAUCUGUUUGAGGAAGAUACAACGACAUGGGACGGGAAAAAAGUGUUGGCUAUGGUCGACUCAAGGGAUGGUUGGAAGAUUCUCUCACAACUGCAUGGGAGGAUGGAUGGACCGGACCUUCCCUUUUGGCUCCAUGGUAAGCUGAAUAUGUAUACUGUUAAGUCGGGUUACUGGUUGGCGAGCUUACGAAGGAGAAGGGCCGAUCCUUCUACUUCGGAUCAGUUUAAGGAUCUAUGGAAGUGGAUUUGGAGUUUAGAAGUGAUUCCAAAGGUCAAAAUGUUUAUGUGGAAAUGUCUUGCUGAGGCACUCCCAACAAAUACUGCAUUGCGGAAAAAAUCUAUAGAUCUGGAUCCGAUGUGUCGUCGAUGUGGUAAUGGUAUUGAAACGAUGGAGCACGCCCUUCGUGAUUGUGUGUGGAUGAAGGUUUUGUGGGCUGUUUCCCCUCUUCUUCUCCCUCCGAUUCUAGAAGCUGAAAUCUGCCCGAUCCAGGCAUGGUUUGAACGCAUUAGAUCGGUGCCCCAUAAAGAAAUCCACGCUACUUUUGCUUCUAUUGCUUGGGCCGUUUGGUAUACUCGAAACCUUCUUGUUUUUCAAGGUAAGGAGACGGAUCAUAAGGAGUGUCUGACGAUUGCUCAUCGUGGAACUUGGCCGAAAACUGUUUGUGAGAACCCCAAAUUUUCAAUGCCGACUCGCAUUUUCUGUUCUAGACCUGGACAGCUCAAGGUGGCAUGUGACGCGGCUGUUGCUCCAAAUUUUGGGAUUGGCGUGGGCAGUAUCUUAAUGGAUGGAGAAGGGUCGGUUCAGGGAUGCAGGUAUGGAGCGUGGAGAGGAGCUUAUACGAGCUUAGAGGGAGAGGCUUUAGCGAUUCUCGAAGGUUUGCGGCUUUGUGUGGAGAAAGAAGCGACAGACGUUGUGGUGGAGACGGAUAAUCAGGAACUGUACUGGAGUAUUACCAGAAAUGAAACAGACCUUUCCUACCUUGGAGAUACAAUUUGUGAGAUUCGGGCGUUGGUUGAUUCUUUGGAGCAUGUGGAAUUCAGCUGGACAAAACGUGAAGGAAAUGAAAUGGCAGACAAAUUAGCUUCUCAUGCCUUAUCUGGUUUUUAUCCUGUUCUUUCUCAUGAUGUUUUACCUUUUGAUGUAAACAAUGACUUCUUUCUUCUAAUUUUAUCUGCUGCUCUUGGUGAAAAUCGUAAUGGAGAAGGAGCUCAUUCUCUGACAAAGGUGAUUCCUCUGGCGAAUAAGAUUCCUCUGACAAAGGUGGUUCCUCUGAUGUAUCCAUUCUGCUGA